AGGGACAUGUGUUGUUGACAGUGUGCUUAUAUGUUCGUGAGCACUCCACAGGGAUUCAUCGACGAUUGUGCAUUGUUGUGAUAAAGUAUUUUAAACGAAAGAUUGUCGAAGCUUUGGGCAAUUAUUGGAAGAGCUUAAUCGGAGUUGAAUUGAUUGUGUUGCGAGUAAUGAUUACGAAACGUACAUUGAUCUAUUCCAUUAUUUUGCUGUGCUCUGCGAGCAAUAAUGUUGACUCAUGGCGAUUUAGAGGAAAUAAACGAUCUCCAGUGGUUUUAGUUCCAGGAGAUGGUGGAAGCCAGGUAGAAGCGAAAUUGAACAAGUCUUCGGUGGUUCAUUAUUUGUGUGAGAAAACAUCGACAGAGUAUUUCAAUAUAUGGCUGAAUCUCGAGCUGUUAGUUCCGAUAAUUAUCGACUGUUUCAUUGAUAACAUGAAGCUGACGUAUGACAACACAACGAGAACAACAAGCAACACUCCAGGAGUGGAUAUUAAUAUUCCAGGCUGGGGGGAUCCGUUUAUGGUCGAAUGGUUGGACCCCAGCAAGGCAUCUCCUGGUGGCUAUUUUAAGGAUGUCGGCAAUAUGUUGGUCAGUGACUUGGGAUACGUGAGGAAUUUAUCGCUCCGGGGGGCUCCCUAUGAUUUUAGAAAGGCUCCAAAUGAAAAUGGCGAGUAUUUCAAAAAAUUGAAAACUCUCAUCGAAGAAACUUAUCUAAUGAACGAUAAACAACCAGUGACUCUAAUUGCUCAUAGCAUGGGUGGACCGAUGUGUCUGCUAUUUCUCCAGAGGCAGAAUCAAAAAUGGAAGAACAUGUACAUCAAUAGUUUAAUCACUCUUGGUGCUGUCUGGGGAGGAUCUGUGAAGGCAUUGAAAGUAUUCGCCAUCGGGGAUGACUUGGGGGCUUAUCUACUUCGAGAGAGCAUCCUGAGGAAUCAGCAGAUCACUAGUCCAAGUCUGGGGUGGCUCAUUCCUUCCAGCCUCUUUUGGAAGAAUUCGGAAGUUCUCGUACAGACGCAGACGACGAAUUACACUCUCAAUAAUCUUCAGCAAUUUUUUUUGGAUAUUAAUGUGCCGAAUGGAUGGGAAUUCCGGAAAGACACUGAGGUCUAUCAAAAAGAUUUUACAGCACCAGGAGUUGAGGUUCACUGCCUCCAUGGAGCUAACGUUGACACAGUUGAAAGAUUAUUUUAUAAAGCAGGAGCUACUUUGGAUAGUCACCCUCAAUUAAUAAAUGGGGAUGGUGAUGGAACAGUCAAUGCGAGAAGCCUUGAGGGCUGUCAGCAUUGGCAGGGCAAACAAAACGCGAAGAUCUACCAUCAGGUAUUCCCCCACGUCGACCACAUGCAGAUCCUCAGCAACCAGUCAGUUCUCAACUACAUUAAAACCGUUCUGACCUUUUAAUAUUUAUCCCGUUACCUGAUUAGGAGUUAAAGUCCAUGGAGAAUCUCCUCGUAAGAAUAGAAUAACAAAUAUUAUGAGAAAAUAUAAGUGACAACUCAGGAUUUUUAGUAAUUAGUUAAUAGGAGAAUGUGAAGAUUGUUUCGAAUUUACGCAGCUUUCGGUUCUCACUGCAUGAGUUGUUUUUUAUUAACUUUUUAUACCAUGACGAUUCCACGUGCUCAACGAUGUUUUUUUCAUCUUUUAGGAUAGAUAACAAGUCUGAUUUUAAUUUAUCUCUCCCCCUUUUCCAAUUAGUCGAGACAAUUUUGUCCAUAAAUAGUUCAAUUAAUGACAAUGGAUUUACACCACA